CAGACAGUAAUUGUUCAGGUGAACACGUACACAACAGGACAGAAUCCCAUGGAAAGCGUUGCAAACUCCAAGACCACUCAUCCCUGAGCCACAAGAGUUAUACGGUAGAGUGUAGUGUAGUAGCGUGUAGAGAAUGGGAAGAGGUGGCAACUGUAGCUGGAUUGGGCCUGAAAUCCCUCUGUCAUCACACUUCUUCACUGCCAUUAAAGAUGAGCUGUGGCUCUUCCUCAUCCCGGCUGGCCUUGCCAUCAUUUUACUGGGGCUGUUUCUGGAAGAGGUGGGCUUCUUCCUGCGCCACCUUCCCUCAUCCAGACGAAAAUGGCUCUACCUGUGGAUAUUAGGAAUGUACCCGGUAUUUGCCUUGACCUCCCUCAUAGCACUAUAUGUGCCACGGUCUUCCUCACUGUGUAAUUUCAUCGCCUCACUGUAUCACUCCAUCACCUUGCUAAAAUUCAUGGGACUGAUCACAGACUUCUUUGGAGGGAAAGUUCGUAUGCUGGCUAAUCUGUCUGGACAGCAGGUAUCUCCAGAUCCCUUCCCCUGUUGUUGCUGUUGCUGUCUCCCAAUGGUGGCCAUCAACAGCAGCAGCCAAGGCUGGAUGAUGGCAGCUGUGCUGCAGCUCUCUGUUGUCCGUACCAUCUUGUUCUUUGUCACUCUGGUCCUGUGGACGGAUGAACAGUAUGACUAUGGUGAUGUGGAUUCACUCAACCCUAACCUGUAUGUGAACGGUAUCAUAUGUGUGUCAACCUUCGUGUCCUUCUACGGCCACCUUCUGUUUUACAAAGCCACUAAGAGCGCUUUACAUGGCUAUGGACUGAGAGCCAAGUUCAUCUGCAUCAUUGUGGUGUUGGUGCUGUGUGGCCUGCAGAGUGGCAUCUUAGAGACCAUGGGUGCUCUUGAAGUUUUCCCCUGCACACCACCCUUCUCUGUCCUGACCAGGUCCCAGUUGAUCUACCACUACUGUGUGAUUGUGGAGAUGUUCUGCAUCGGCCUGUAUGCCCGCCACACUUUCCGUAAGGUGGAGCCGAGCGUGGUGGAGGAUGCGGAGGGGCCUGUCAGUGUCUUGCAGAUAGAAAAGGCCGUUCAAACAGACGAUGUUAAAAUGACACAUCACAAGCCCGGCCUCUUCGGCCAUCACCUUGUCAGUGCCUCCAAUCCCAGUUACAGUAGUGACAGCGAGGACAGCCUGUGCAGGAUAGAGCAUGCACCUCUGGAUGGUUUCCCCUUCCCUCAGGCCAGAAGCCAGCAGCUUGGCCGGACAGAAUCAGUGGAGCCAAGGUCUGCAGAGGAACAUGGUGUAGAUCUGACCCGCAUUACUGUCAGGGCUGAUAUUAACUAUGAGGACUACAAGGAUGUCACUGUGGUUUGACCAACUAUGGAAGACCUUUAACAACAGAUUAAAUAUGUCUAAUCUUAACCGCUGCAGAUGUCGGUACUGACUUGGUUGUGUGGGAGGCCCUGAGGACUUGUCUGUAGAACUCCACACCCUGCACUAUGAUAACUGGGGCAAAAGUGACAGAAAUACUCACCUAAUACACAAGAAAAUUUGUGAACUGUUCACUGCUGUGACAAGCUGCAGAAUUAGGAAAUAUUCACCAUUUUGUCUUACUACUGUAAAAGUCAUGAGUCCAUUUGCUGCUUCUAGUUCUUUUUAAUCACUAGAUGGGUGUUUUGUUAUUUAUUUUUCAUAUUUGUUGUUUUGCAGUUGUGUUUAGCUCACACACUAAUUGUCAUAAUAUGCGGAAAAUAAAAUGCAUUUG